GUUGGCAAAACCGCGACCCUGCAGUCAUACGUGCUGUGUACGAAGUUUUAAAAAAUUUAUCGUUUGAAAUACCUUCUGUAUCCAAACGAUAUCCUUACCAUCUUGAUCGUCACACCGAUCCAGGUGCCUCUGUGGGCCCUCUGACCUGCACCUCAAGGUCCUAGAGACAAACAGCCAUGUUUCUCUACAACCUCACCCUGCAACGAGCGACUGGCAUCACGCACGCCAUCCAUGGCAAUUUCUCAGGCACCAAGAUGCAGGAGAUUGUUGUCUCCCGGGGAAAGACUCUGGAGCUGCUGCGUCCGGAUGCCAACACGGGGAAGGUCCACACGCUCCUCACCAUGGAGGUGUUUGGCAUCAUCCGCUCUCUCAUGGCCUUCAGGCUCACGGGAGGAACUAAAGACUACAUUGUCGUGGGCAGUGACUCGGGGCGUAUCGUGAUCCUGGAGUAUCACUCCUCAAAGAACAUGUUUGAGAAGAUCCACCAGGAGACCUUUGGGAAGAGUGGCUGCAGGCGCAUUGUUCCUGGGCAGUUCCUGGCGGUCGACCCCAAGGGCAGGGCUGUCAUGAUAGGUGCCAUUGAGAAGCAGAAGCUGGUGUACAUCCUCAAUAGAGAUGCAGCCGCCCGCCUCACUAUCUCCUCUCCCCUGGAGGCCCACAAGGCCAACACCCUGGUCUACCACCUCGUCGGAGUCGACGUGGGUUUUGAGAACCCCAUGUUUGCCUGCCUGGAGAUGGACUAUGAGGAAGCUGACAACGAUCCAACAGGUGAAGCGGCUGCCAACACCCAGCAGACCCUGACCUUCUACGAGCUGGACCUGGGUCUUAACCAUGUGGUCCGCAAGUACAGCGAGGCUCUGGAGGAGCAUGGAAACUUCCUCAUUACAGUUCCUGGAGGUUCUGAUGGGCCUAGUGGGGUUCUGAUCUGCUCAGAAAACUACAUCACCUAUAAGAACUUUGGAGACCAGCCUGACAUCCGCUGCCCCAUCCCCAGACGCAGGAAUGACCUGGACGACCCAGAACGAGGGAUGAUCUUCGUGUGCUCAGCCACUCACAAGACCAAGUCCAUGUUCUUCUUCCUGGCUCAAACCGAGCAAGGAGACAUCUUCAAGGUCACCCUGGAGACAGACGAGGAGAUGGUAACAGAGAUCCGAAUGAAGUAUUUUGACACCAUUCCUGUGGCAACAGCCAUGUGUGUGCUGAAAACUGGCUUCCUCUUUGUCGCCUCCGAGUUCGGCAAUCAUUACCUGUACCAGAUAGCCCAUCUGGGGGAUGAUGAUGAAGAGCCAGAGUUCUCGUCUGCUAUGCCAUUGGAGGAGGGGGAUACCUUCUUCUUCCAGCCCCGCCCACUUAAGAACCUGGUUCUGGUGGAUGAGCAGGAGAACCUGUCGCCUAUCAUGUCCUGCCAGAUAGCUGAUCUGGCCAAUGAGGACACACCACAGCUGUAUGUGGCCUGUGGGCGGGGCCCCAAGUCCACCCUCAGAGUGCUCCGACACGGACUGGAGGUGUCAGAGAUGGCUGUGUCUGAGCUGCCUGGUAACCCCAACGCUGUCUGGACUGUGCGCAGACACAUCGAAGAUGAGUUUGACGCCUACAUCAUCGUGUCUUUCGUCAACGCCACGCUGGUGUUGUCCAUCGGAGAGACAGUAGAGGAAGUGACAGAUUCUGGCUUCCUGGGGACCACGCCCACCCUCUCCUGCUCUCUGCUGGGGGAGGACGCCCUCGUCCAGGUGUACCCUGACGGUAUCCGCCAUAUCCGAGCAGACAAGCGUGUCAACGAGUGGAAGACCCCUGGGAAGAAGACGAUCGUCCGCUGUGCCGUCAACCAGAGGCAGGUGGUCAUCGCCCUCACCGGGGGCGAGCUGGUGUACUUUGAGAUGGACCCGUCAGGACAGUUGAAUGAGUACACAGAGAGGAAGGAGAUGUCUGCUGACGUGGUGUGUAUGAGUCUGGCCAACGUCCCUCCUGGGGAGCAGCGAUCGCGCUUCCUCGCCGUCGGGCUGGUCGACAACACCGUCCGCAUCAUCUCCCUCGACCCCUCGGACUGUCUGCAGCCCCUCAGCAUGCAGGCCCUGCCCGCCCAGCCGGAGUCUCUGUGCAUCGUGGAGAUGGGCGGGGUGGAGAAGCAGGACGAGCUGGGGGAGAAGGGAACCAUCGGCUUCCUCUACCUCAACAUAGGACUCCAGAACGGCGUGCUGCUCAGAACCGUCCUGGACCCGGUCACAGGAGAUCUGUCCGACACCCGCACCCGCUACCUGGGGUCACGACCCGUCAAGCUCUUCCGGGUCAGGAUGCAGGGACAGGAAGCUGUGCUGGCCAUGUCGAGCCGCUCCUGGCUCAGCUACUCCUACCAGUCUCGGUUCCACCUCACGCCCCUGUCCUACGAGACCCUGGAGUACGCUUCCGGCUUCGCCUCGGAACAGUGCCCCGAGGGCAUCGUGGCCAUCUCCACCAACACACUUAGGAUCCUGGCGUUGGAGAAGCUGGGUGCCGUCUUCAACCAGGUGGCGUUCCCCCUCCAGUACACGCCCAGGAAGUUUGUGAUCCACCCAGAGACCAACAACCUGAUCCUGAUCGAGACGGACCACAACGCCUACACCGAAGCCACCAAGGCCCAGCGCAAGCAGCAGAUGGCCGAGGAGAUGGUGGAGGCUGCCGGGGAGGAUGAGAGAGAGCUGGCGGCAGAGAUGGCGGCCGCCUUCCUGAACGAGAACCUGCCAGAGGCCAUAUUUGGAGCCCCGAAGGCUGGGUCUGGGCAGUGGGCCUCUCUGGUGCGGCUGGUCAACCCCAUCCAGGGAACCACCCUCGACCUGGUCCAGCUGGAACAGAACGAAGCUGCCUUCAGCGUCACCGUGUGUCGUUUUGCCAGUGGAGGUGAUGAUUGGUACGUUCUGGUGGGCGUGGCCAGAGACAUGAUCCUCAAUCCCCGCUCUGUGGCUGGUGGUUUCAUCUACACCUAUAGGCUGACAGGGGGCGGGGAAAAGCUGGAGUUCAUGCACAAGACUCCCGUGGAGGAUGUCCCUCUGGCAAUCGCUCCCUUCCAGGGGCGGGUGUUGGUGGGGGUAGGAAAACUGCUGCGAAUCUACGACCUGGGAAAGAGAAAGCUGCUACGCAAGUGUGAAAAUAAGCACGUGCCCAACCUAGUGACUGGCAUCCACACCAUCGGGCAGCGCGUCAUCGUGACCGAUGUCCAAGAGAGCCUCUUCUGGGUCCGCUACAAACGCAACGAGAACCAGCUGAUCAUCUUCGCUGACGACACGCACCCUCGCUGGGUGACCGCCGCCUGCCUGCUGGACUACGACACCAUGGCCUCGGCCGACAAGUUUGGCAACAUCAGCAUUGUGCGUCUGCCCCCCAACACCAGUGACGAUGUGGAUGAGGACCCCACUGGGAACAAGGCUUUGUGGGAUAGAGGUCUUCUGAAUGGAGCCUCCCAGAAGGCGGAGGUGAUCAUGAACUACCACAUAGGUGAGACCGUCCUGUCCCUGCAGAAGACCACCCUGAUCCCUGGGGGCUCCGAGUCCCUUGUCUACACCACCCUGUCUGGGGGCAUAGGCAUCUUGGUGCCCUUCACCUCACACGAGGACCAUGACUUCUUCCAGCACCUGGAGAUGCACAUGCGCUCCGAGUUCCCCCCGCUGUGCGGCCGAGACCACCUCAGCUUCCGCUCCUACUACUUCCCCGUCAAGAAUGUGAUCGAUGGAGACCUGUGUGAGCAGUUUAACUCCAUGGACCCUCACAAGCAGAAGAGUGUGGCCGAAGAGCUCGACAGAACCCCGCCCGAGGUCUCCAAGAAGCUGGAGGACAUCCGCACUCGAUACGCCUUCUAGAGCACUCUGGGACGGACACCUCAAAACAUACACACGCACACACAAGUUUUUCGGAAAACAUACAUCAACUUUGCUGUGAGAACUUUCACACCUCCUCUCCCAGUUUAAAGUGAAAUGGUGAUGGUGUGAAAGAACCGACGACAUCCUUCUCCGCAGCUUCCUGUCUCUGAUUUUCUCAGCGUCUCUGGACCGGUAGAGCCCUAAUGGCACCCAGUAUGCUCACCACACCUCAGUCCCUGUGACUUUCGGUAAACGGAUAAGUUGAUGCUUAAGCUUGUGACAUUUUCUGUGGGUUUAAUGAUGUUCCAUGGAAAGCAAAUGUGUUUCAACGGCCUCUGUCUAGAGCAAGUGACAUUUUAAAAUGUGUGAGGUGACUGAUAAGGUUAGCUAUGGAUGGGGAUAGCCCAGUACUUUCCUUGCAUUGCCUAUUUGCAUCCAUUGUUUUUAUUUCCUUCCUUGUGAGUAUUUUGUACUCUGUGCCACGUGUAAAAUGGAAAUAGCUAUCUAUUGUCAUUUGGUAUGAAUCGAUGUGGUGAUUUUCUAGCCUGGUCUUCUAACACCUGCUACAAGCUUUAGGUAAAUGUGAGUUGGACAGGCUGUCUAACCAUAUGCAAUAGCCUAAGCAGUGCUCGGUCUGUAGUGUGUGAACUGUGGUGUGUAUCAGCAGAGGGUGGGGUGUUUUCGACCUUGUGGCUCUGUGCUGUCUGACCCUCCUCAAUCCUGUAAAGUCCCAACCUCAGCCACGAUCACAGGACAGACCAGCCGCAUUCCACCCGUGUCAUGGGAAAAGAGCUGUUUUGUAAAUAAAGUUUUUCUUUUUUACCUUG